GCGCCUUCACUAUGUCAAGUCCACAACGACACCCAAGCCCGCUACGACUAGCGGAGUGCCUGGUGUGAGUAUAAGAGCAGAUUGACUCUUCCUGCGCCAAUUCUGCGCAGCGGGUAAGAACCAGACGGCUUGCUCGGCCCGGUCAUAGAUACUUGUCUCUUUCCUUCACGAUCAUCCUCACUGAUUCCUCAGAGCCCUCGGGCUCCUUUGCCAGCCAUGAAUAUCAUCGAAACUCUCUUUGGUCGCACCGUCACACCCGCAGAACGACUACGGCAGCACCAACGCGCUCUCGCGAAGGCUCAACGAGAGCUUGAUCGUGAACGGACCAAACUCGAACAACAGGAAAAGAAACUCGUAGCCGACAUUAAGCGGAGUGCUAAGGCUGGUCAACUAAAUGCAUGCAAGGUUAUGGCAAAAGACCUUGUCCGGACACGAAGAUACGUUCAGAAGUUUUACCAGAUGAGGACACAGCUCCAAGCCGUCGGACUGCGGAUACAAACACUGCGAAGUAAUCAACAAAUGGCCGAUGCCAUGCGUGGUGCAACACGCGCCAUGGGCGCGAUGAACAGAGGCCUUAACCUUCCCCAAAUCCAACGUAUCAUGCACGAAUUCGAAAGGGAGAGUGCAACGAUGGAUAUGAAGGAAGAGAUGAUGUCUGAUGCUGUAGACGAUGUCAUGGAGGAGGAAGAAAAUGAGGAAGAGGAGGGCGAUAAGAUCUUGAAGCAGGUGUUGGAUGAGAUCGGUGUAGACCUCUCGCAGCAGCUCACCGAAGCACCGACUGGUCUGGCCAUUUCUUCGCCACUUACAGAUUCACGACAACCUGUUGCAUUGGGAGAUGGCGGCGGUCCGACCCAUGCAGCUGGUGGUGCAGGUGCAGACAUGUCCGACGAAGAUGCUCUUCAAGCGAGGCUAGAUGCACUUAGACGAGGAUGAGGAUCGGCGAUGACAGUGAUGCGUGUUUUGUGUUUUGUGUUUUGUGUUAUACCCUUGUAUAUGUCCGUGACGACUCCAAAUGAUAAGUUAUGUAC